AAGCGAAAGAAAUUUGUAGAAUUUUGAACGAAGCAUUGAAAGGUUAAGACGAAUACGAAGACGCGUUUUACAUUUUACAUCCAAGUGCUUACGCUCGUUUUUUAAUUAAUUUUCAACACAUUUAAUUGCUCAUAAAUAGCAAAAUAAUUGAGAAAAGUUGUUGAAGAAAACAUUUGAAAAAAGAAAAUCACUACAAAAUGUCGCUAUUCGGCUCAUUGAUGGGAGAUUUCGAUGAUGACCUUUUUAUGGGCAAUCAUAUGAAUGCAAUGAAUAUGCAAAUGCGUUCGAUGAAUCGUCUAAUGAAUUCACUCAUGCCCGAUCCAUUCAAUAUGCUGACACCGUUCGAUUCAGGCUUCCAACAGAAUGCGCUCAUGGAACGCGGCAAUCCACAUGUCGGUAAUCCAAUGGGUGGUUUUAUGGGUUUUCCCCCAAUGGCAAAUAUAAAUCGACUACUCAACUCAGAUAUCGGCCAACCACAUGGCUCCUCUUAUUGCUCUAGCUCAGUUAUCACUAUGUCCUCUGGCCCAGAUGGACGUCCACAAAUCUAUCAGGCCACAAGCAGCACAAAAACUGGGCCAGGCGGUAUACGUGAGACGCGUAAAACAGUGGAAGACUCAAGGCAAGGCAUGAAGAAAAUGGCUAUUGGACAUCACAUUGGCGAACGUUCGCAUAUUAUUGAGAAAGAACAAGACUUGCGUUCCGGUCAAUUGGAGGAACGUCAAGAGUUUAUAAAUUUGGAGGAAGAUGAAGCAGAGGAUUUCGAUCGUGAAUUCACCAAUCGCGCGCGCAUGGGCGGUGUACGUGGUGCGCGUCCACAAGAGAUGAUCACAAUUGAAUCGGCUGACGAUGAUGAUGCACGUCCGCGUCAUUAUAGCAGACAUCAUGGCAGUGGUGGACAACAUCGCAGACAUUUGCCAGCAUUGCCCGCACCACCACAACAGAAUAGCUCUUCUCCGUUGUCCAAUUCGUCGUCGUCUGUUGAUUUGUCGAACUCCAAGUCUAACUCUAAUAAAAAGACCACUACAACGAGUCACAGCAUAACCACCGAAGGAAAUGCUACCACUGCAACGAGCAAGAGGAACACCAACAGCAAUAACAACAGCUGCUUUACUUCGAAUGCAACCCGUCGUUCCCCAGCCGCCGCCGGUUAUCAACAUCGUGGCAUUACAGCUCGUCGUCCAUUGCGUACGCCACCAUCGUCGCCACUCGCCACCACGCCGACCAAUCACAGCCACAGCAGCGCAUCGGUAACGACAAGCGUACAUCCCCAUCCAUAUAAUGCUUCGGCCGCGCGCCGCAAUUAUCGCUCUAAACAUACCAAACAGCAUCAGCAGCCACAUCAGCCGCAAACCUUGACCAUAACCGAAAUAAUCGAUGACGACGAUGAAGAUGAGCCACAGCCAACAACAGCCACAGUAACAGUAGUUGAAGAAGAUGAUGAUGCAGCAGAAGCUACAACCGUUAUCAAUCCAGCAGCCCAAGCAGCUAAAACACCGGCUAAUAAAUCUCACACAUCGGCUCAUUAAAAUUAUUAAAAAAAAAACAUAAAACAGAAUAAUAAUAAAUAAUAAUAAUAAUAAUAAAUAAUAUAAUAUAAUAUAUAAAUAACUAAUUCGCACAUGAGAGAAUGUGUUGUAAUGCUAAUGCCGACAGACGUAUUGGAUUUUAAGUAAUAGCCCGACGACGACGAGCACAUUCAUCGAUUAUAAUGAAAUGUUCAAAAAAUUGAGGUGGUUCACAGAAGCGUAGCGUGCGCUGUUUAAUUAUUUAGUUAAAAAUAGUAGAGGAGAGCGUUGAAGAGGAGGGAAAAAUAAGAUAUGGUGGCUUGGGGCACGUGGAAGUGUGCGCGCUGUAUGAAAAGCAGCGCCAUUCAAACAUAUUUCGUUUAGGAUUUUAAGCAAUGGAUUCAAAUAAAGCAUGAGCAAACAAAACAACAACAAAAAGCCACCUUAGGAUAACAUUUAAAACUUUAUCAUUUAUAGUAUCAUACUUUAUUGAAAAUUACCUGCACUUUGUUUGAAAUGUAUGCUGCGCGCAAGGAACAUUCUAUAGAAGUGAAGUUUGUGAUUAAUAAAAUCAAAAAUAGAAGAAAGCAUAAACAAACAAACAUAAAUUAAUUGUAUGAGAUUGGCUGGCUGAUCAGGCUGUGCUAUGCUGUACCGUAGUAGCUGCCGCUCAAUUCAAGGCUUACAUAUAUCAAUUCAAUACAAAUUCAACAAAUUUAAUCAAAUAUUUUACUUGAUUUCCCUACAUACAAAUAUAAGAAAUUCUAAACCUUACUUGUGUAUUAUGAAAUAUAUUUGUGAAUUACUUGCAAUACAAAAACAAACAAAAAAUCAUACAAAAGUUAUGGCUAAAAUAUGUAUAAUAUGAGAGUAUUAGUAAAGGUUUGUAAAAAUAGCUGAGGCUACGGCAAAGAAAAUUAUAUUGAUUCAAACUGGCAGAGGAUGCGUGUGCGAAGCUACUUUCGUUUUGUCAGCAAUUUGGUCAGCAGGCAGUAGAAAUUUUAUGCCAACAGCGCCGCCGCGUACAUGAAUUAUUUUAAUGCUUGCGCCGCUUUGCUUGACCGGCGCCACAAACGCUCUUCAACUGCUACGAUAAGGGAAUUGUCAAUUUUUGGUGUUUUUGAAAAUGUGUGGAUAAUUAAAAAAAAAAUGUAAAUUUUUUUGGCAAAUUAUGAAUUUUUCAUAGCAAUUGAAAAAAUUGAUGAAAAGCAAAUUGAUGAUAAGCAAAAAGGGUGAAACAAUAAAAAUAAGCGAUUGUAAGGCAGUAAAUUGUGCGUCAAAUUACAAAUUCUAGCGUAAACAAACAUAAAAAAGAAUAUACAUAGUUUUAUCAACUUGAAUUAUGUGCGAGAUGAUAGUAGCAUAUUUAAGGCAAGGCGGCGACUUUGAAGGAAAAAGAAAAAAAUGAAUCAUUCUAAAAACACAGGCGCGCACAAUCAAAGUCAGAAUAGAAUAUGCUUUGAAGUUGCUGUGCGCUUGCAAGUUAUUUGCCAGAGAUAUCCCAAUAACUUUCCGUUGGACAAGGGUCUGGCCUUUUUUCGCCCUGUACGAGUAUCUUUUUCAAAAGGUUAUAUCCAUAAAGCGAUAGAAAAUUAAAUUUCAGUAAGCUACCUGGCAACUCAAGUCGUCAGCUAUAAAAGAAAUAUAUUAAAUUCACGUGCAAAGUUGAAAAAGUCGGGUCAGACCCAGGUGCCCAACGAAGGGUUAAAAAAAAAAAUUUCAAAAAACUGCGACAAACUUUGAAGUGUAUUUUAUUUUCAACCUGACUGCGUGCCAACGUAUUUACCUAUAAUAGUGCGAGUUAAAAAUUUCCAUUUUAUUUGAAAUUAAAAGUUUUGCAGUUCAAUGAAUUUUUUAUUUUAAUAAUUUUUUCAAUUUAUUUUAAACUGUUAACAAAAAAAAUAUAAAUUUUUGUAUGAUUUAGUGAUUAUUUAUGACAAAUUCAAAUCAAUCGAAAUUCAUGUGAUCAGCGCUGCAACGGCUUCCUCUCGAGUUUCACAUCAAAUACUAUAGUUAAGUUUCGGUUAUUUUAAAAAGCAGCAAAGUUAAAAUUAUUUCAAGCACAUUUCAUUAUUUCCUGAAAGAAAUUUUCGUGAUUAAAAACAAAUUGGCAGGCGCUUGCGUCUUCUACCUUAGUUUAGUGUGCGAAAGUCGCUUCGAAAUUUAGUUUUGUGAUAACUGAUCGAUGACGAAGCGCAGCAAAUGAAAUAUUAUUCGAGAAUAUAAUACCCGUUAUUUUAUUAGUUUCUUUUUUUUUUAGCGAAUGCUCACAUUCACCACGUGUGCUCGAAUUUCGCAGUCAUGUUUUUAAUUUAAAAUUUUAUUUUUGGCUAUAUUCGUUUUUUAAACUCGUUAAGGUCCGCUACAGUAAUGUUAGUAUGAUAUAAAAGUAAACUUUUGCGAUAUAGAAAAGAUACAAGUUCAAGUAUAAUAAUAAAAUAUAAAAACUUACCAUCAACGCA